GCGCGCGCCGCUGCUCCGGACCGGGCCGCGCGCGCCGCCUCAGGUGUGACAGCCUCUCUGCGGCAGCCAUGGGGUCUGAGGAUCAUGGGGCCCAGAACCCGAGCUGUAAAAUCAUGACGUUUCGCCCAACCAUGGAAGAAUUUAAGGACUUCAACAAAUACGUGGCCUACAUCGAGUCCCAGGGAGCCCACCGGGCGGGCCUGGCCAAGAUCAUCCCCCCAAAGGAGUGGAAGCCCAGGCAGACGUACGAUGACAUCGAUGACGUGGUCAUCCCGGCCCCCAUCCAGCAGGUGGUGACGGGCCAGUCAGGCCUCUUCACACAAUACAACAUCCAGAAAAAGGCCAUGACAGUCGGGGAGUACCGCCGCCUGGCCAACAGCGAGAAGUACUGUACCCCACGGCACCAGGACUUCGAUGACCUGGAACGCAAGUACUGGAAGAACCUCACCUUCGUCUCUCCCAUCUAUGGGGCUGACAUCAGCGGCUCUUUGUACGAUGACGAUGUGGCCCAGUGGAACAUCGGGAGCCUGCGGACCAUCCUGGACAUGGUGGAGCGUGAGUGCGGCACCAUCAUCGAGGGCGUCAACACCCCCUAUCUGUACUUCGGCAUGUGGAAGACCACCUUUGCCUGGCACACGGAGGACAUGGACCUGUACAGCAUUAACUACCUGCACUUUGGGGAGCCCAAGUCCUGGUACGCCAUCCCGCCUGAGCAUGGCAAGCGCCUGGAGCGGCUGGCCAUCGGGUUCUUCCCCGGGAGCUCCCAGGGCUGUGAUGCCUUCCUGCGGCACAAGAUGACCCUCAUCUCGCCCAUCAUCCUCAAGAAGUAUGGGAUCCCGUUCAGCCGGAUCACACAGGAAGCUGGGGAGUUCAUGAUCACGUUUCCCUAUGGCUACCAUGCUGGAUUCAAUCACGGGUUCAACUGUGCAGAAUCUACCAAUUUCGCCACUUUGCGGUGGAUUGAUUAUGGCAAGGUGGCCACUCAGUGCACGUGCCGGAAGGACAUGGUCAAGAUCUCCAUGGACGUGUUCGUGCGCAUCCUGCAGCCAGAGCGGUAUGAGCUGUGGAAGCAAGGCAAGGACCUGACAGUGCUCGACCACACCCGGCCCACGGCCCUGAGCAGCCCAGAGCUGAGCACCUGGAGCGCCUCCCGGGCCUCACUCAAGGCCAAGCUCCUACGCAGACAAAUUAGUCUGAAAGAAAACAGACACUGGAGAAAGACUGAGGAGGACAGAAAGGCCAGUCUAGAAAGGAAGAAAGAGCAGACCAGGAGGCCGGGGCCGCCGUCCCACCGGAAAAGGAGCCAGCCUAAGAAGCCCAAACCGGAAGACCCUAAGUCGCCAGGGGAGGGGGCCACCGGGGCCACCCUCCUGGAGGAGCCUGGCGGCCUGAAGGAGGAGGCCUCGCAGGAGGCGGACGCCGAGGAGGAGGAGGAGGAGCCGCAGCCAGCGCCACCGCAGGGUCGGGAGGCUGAGGCCACGGAAGAAGACGGGAGGGGCAAGCUGCGGCCGGCCAAGGCCAAGAGCGACAGGAAGAAGAAGGGCUAUGGUCCUCCGCAUCCCCACCACCCCCUCUUGCCCCAGCUGCCGCCGCCCCCACCCACCCAGUUCCCUGCAGAGGAGGCGCCCAGACUGCCGCCCCCGCUGGAGCCCCCGGCACUGGCCCCGGGCCCCGCGCCAGCUGAAGAGAACCCCCCACCGCCACCUCUCAACGUCGUGCCCCCCGAGGCACCCGGCGAGGAGCCGGAGGUGAAGCCGCGCCCCAUCAUCCCCAUGCUGUACGUGGUGCCACGGCCUGGCACGGGGUGUGACAAGGGCCGCGUGUCCUGCCAGCAGGCCUUUGAGCACUUUGCCCAGAGGGGCCCCACCUGGAAGGAACAGGCGGCCCCCAUGGAGCUGACGGGUCCCGAGGAGGAGAGCGGAGCCAGCGAGGUACAGGCGCCACCCACGUUCUCCAAACUGAAGAUGGAGAUCAAGAAGAGCCGGCGUCACCCCCUGGGCAAGCCGCCCACCCGCUCCCCGCUGACCGUGGUCAAGCAGGAGGCCUCGAGUGACGAGGAAGCCUUCCCUUUCUCCGGGGAGGAGGACAUGAGUGACCCCGAGGCCUUGAGGUCUUUGCUCUCCCUGCAGUGGAAGAACAAGGCUGCCAGUUUCCAGGCCGAGAGGAAGUUCAACGCGGCGGCCGCCCUGACCGAGCCCUACUGCGCCAUCUGCACCCUCUUCUACCCUUACAGCCAGUCCCUACAGACCGAGAAGGAGGCUCCCCAGGCCUCCCUCGGGGAGGGUCCCUCGGCUGCUCCUCCUUCCAAAAGUGGCCAGAAGACACGGCCGCUGAUCCCCGAGAUGUGCUUCACCUCCAGUGGUGAGAACACGGAGCCCCUCCCCGCCAAUUCCUACAUUGGGGAUGACGGGACCAGCCUGCUGAUUGCCUGUGCCAAGUGCUGUCUGCAGGUGCACGCCAGUUGCUACGGCAUCCGCCCCGAGCUGGUCAAUGAGGGCUGGACGUGUUCCCGGUGCACGGCCCACGCCUGGACUGCGGAGUGCUGUCUCUGCAACCUCCGGGGAGGAGCCCUGCAGAUGACGACCGACCGGAGGUGGAUCCAUGUGAUCUGUGCCAUCGCCGUCCCCGAAGUGCGCUUCCUGAACGUGAUGGAGCGCCACCCCGUGGACAUCAGCGCCAUCCCCGAGCAGCGGUGGAAGCUGAAGUGCGUGUACUGCCGGAAACGGAUGAAGAAGGUGUCGGGAGCCUGCAUCCAGUGCUCCUGUGAGCACUGCUCCACGUCGUUCCACGUGACUUGCGCCCACGCCGCCGGGGUCCUCAUGGAGCCGGACGACUGGCCCUAUGUUGUGUCUAUCACCUGCUUCAAGCACAAGUCAGGGGGCCACAGUGAGUGCCCCGCCCGCCCCGCCCGCCCCGCCGCCGCCGCCGCCUGCGCGCUCACGCGGCCCUGUGCCCGCCGCCCACAGGUCCAGUUCCUGAGGGCCGUGUCCUUGGGCCAGAUGGUCAUCACCAAGAACCGCAACGGCCUCUACUACCGGUGCCGGAUCAUCGGCACCAGCACGCAGACCUUCUACGAAGUGAACUUCGACGACGGGUCCUACAGCGACAACCUGUACCCGGAGAGCAUUACCAGUCGGGACUGUGUCCGGCUCGGACCCCCGCCCGAGGGGGAGUUUGUGGAGCUGCGGUGGGCGGACGGCAGCCUGUACAAGGCCAGGUUCAUUUCCUCUGUGACGAGCCACGUGUACCAGGUGGAGUUUGAGGACGGGUCUCAGCUGAUGGUGAAGCGUGGGGACAUCUUCACCCUGGACGAGGAGCUCCCCAAGAGGGUCCGGUCGCGGCUGUCGCUCAGCACGGGGGCACCUCAGGAGAACACCUUCUCGGGGGAGGAGGUGAAGGCCGCCAAGCGCCCGCGGGUGGGCACCCCGCGCGCCCCCGAGGACUCAGGGCGGAACCCGGACUACCUAGCGUUCAUGGAGAGCCUCCUGCAGGCGCAGUGCCGGCCCGGGGGCCCCUUCUAGGACAGCCGGCCGCCCGGCGACCCCUCGGCCCAACAAGGCAGGCGGCGGCGGGCCCUGGCGUUUGCUUGCUGUGAAUCCCGUCCUCGCCUCCCCCGGCCCCGAGAGGCUACCUCCACGCGCGGCCGCCCCGCUCUGCGGCGACAGGAGCGAGCAGGAUGCCGGCCCGCGGCCCGGACUCAGGGAGCAGGGCCACGCGGGCUCUGGGGGGGCCGGCCGGGGACUCGCGCCACCCCCACGACUCAGAUUCGUAAACCAUGUCAGCUCUUCUUCUCGAAAAGGUGCUACUGCAUUGCCUGCCUCCUGAGCAGCCUUUGAGAUUGUGACUCCUGUACAUACAUCACCUUUGUGAGGCUCUUUCUAUAAAUACCUAUUGUUUAAAAAAAACACACGCGAGAAAAAAAGGAAAACAGAGACCAGGAAAAAAAAUCCCCAAAGUUGUUUUCUAGAUUUGUGGCUUUAACAAUGAAACAAAACAAAAAUGUUCUUUUUCUCAGAACCGAGAUACGCCGAGGGAGAUAAAAGCAUCUCGUUUUUUGUUUGUUUGUCGUUUUAAAACCUCGCUGGUCUCGGCGAGCGGCAGGGAGGUGCCUGGGAGGCCGGGCAGGGUCAGGGACGUGUGUCGAGGCCUGGCCCUCCUCCCCCCAGACUUGGCGAAGGCCUGGGCGGCUGGUACCGUCUCCUUGGCCAGCGCCAGCCCCGUGGCUCUCUGCGCCGACGGGAGGAGGCCGGCCGCGCCCUUUGGGGGUCCAGGAGCCCCCCUCCGGUCCGCGCACGCCUUCACAAAAUAAACACUCUCUCUUCUGGUUUGCUCCAUCUUUUGCUUCCUCCCCUCGUGAGAACCACUGCACGGCUGCGGCCUCCAGUGCUUGCAAAAGGGCUUGGUGCCCACGGAGUGUCCCCAGCACCGCCCGGGCCUCCCGUGGCCCUCCCAGUGGGUGCGUGGCUGGCUGCCUGUGGCUGUCUGGGGAGGGGCGACGCGGGGCCACGCAGGCCUCCCGGGUGGCCCGAGUCCGGCCGUUUCCCUGUGUGGGCGAGGCCUGUGUCCCCGGGCUCUGGCCACCCAGGUGCCCCACGUGCACAGGACGCCCGCCUUGGACCCCUGUGUCCCGUUUGGAAAGCGUGGAUUUGUGUGUCUGGGGGACAGCAAGAGAGAACCAGACCCGCCUCCUGAGAGCAGGGGGUCGGAUUUAUGAGAGCGUGCCUGCGAGGGGCUUGGGACCCCCGCCCCCCGCUGUCCUGCCCUGGGCCCGACAGCAUAAUUUUGCUUGUGUAAAAAAAAAUUAAAAAUUAAAAAAAAGAGCGUUCUGAUGGCUACCAGGCCAGAAAGAACUAUUAUAAGGAGAACGGAAAGAAUGUAAAUGAGCCGAGAACCUUUCAUUUGCUUGAUGGGGGGCGGGGGGCAGGUGCCCUGGAGCAGGGCGGGGGCGGGAGGCCCAGAGGGGAGCCAGCGGGGAUGUGGGGGUUCCCCUCUGCAUGCAGCAGCUCCGCCCGAUGCGGCACUGUGUUCAUAUGUAGUUUGAAAAUGCUAUUUAUAUUGUAAAGAGAACAAAAAGCGGGCUGGCCCUCUGGGUCAGGGGGGUGGGGGCCAGACCCGGGGGGGUCUUUCUGGGUCGAGGGUGACUGACGUGCAGACAGGCCGCGGCUCAACAGAGGGGAAAAGCCCAUCUCCCCACAAAGGUAUAUCCGUGUCUAUGUACAAAAACGAAAAACAAAACCCACCCACCCUGAUUUUUCUCCCACCCGAGAUUAAGGAUGCGCUGUAUUUUUGCCUAAUUUCCCCUGCCUCUAGGUUCAUAAUGAAUUAAAGGCUCGUGAGCACUGCGA